CCGGCUCCUGCGUCGUCUUGGCAAACCAGACAACUACCCCAUAAUUCUCGCCGUUGCCACUGCUUGGCGGUGCAUCUGCCCUGCGGAGUUUGACCCCGGAAGCUGGGAAUGGCGGUCCCGCCGGCGUAGGUCGCUUCUGCCGUUGCAACUGUCCUUCCCCAAGGAGGCGAGCUAAUGCAAGUCUUAAAAAGACCUGGACUCUCGUGGGAUGCACAGGGGCUGCUCCAGCGGGACGGGGAAGGAACAAACUUCCUCGCUGUGCGGCACGACCCCGGCCUCCCUGCCUGGCGCGACAAUGAGUCUGCACAGCUGAUGCCGCUGCUAGAUUCGGAAGGAGGUUGGACAAGUCACUUGUCUGCCGGUCAUCGUGCUGGAAUUAGAGGCGACGGCACAGUGGACCCGCGGGAUUUGACCGUCCUCGAGUCAACCCCCCCUGACUUGGACUUCCCCAAGGAUGCGCUGUGGAACGCCGGCUCUCUUCCAAUUUCUUCCGCCCAGUCUCCAAGUUGCUUGUAUCAGGGAGUUACCAGCUUCGCCGACGUGGAUUUGAGCUUUUCUGCUAGUGAACCUGGACAAUUUCUCGGCAUCGAUGCUUGGGCUCUGUUGGAUACUUUCACCCCUGGUGCUUCCGUGUCUUCAGUGGCUUUCCCCCAAGUCAGCCACGUCUUGGACGCAUAGGUUCCUUCUGACACGGCUAGCACCAUGGGUGUCUGGUUUCCCACAGGUGAUAACAACGACGAUGCUGACAACAACAACAACAACAACAACAACAGCUUCAGCCAUGGUUCAGGCAGUCCUUCGCUCAGUAACAACUUUUGCAGUCUUGCACUGCAGCAAGCACACUCCGGUGGCGUUGGCACCACCGCCUCCUCCGGCACUGCCCUUUUGUCUUUCGUUUCUGACCCCAGCGCCCUGG